AUGGAGGUGGCCGCUAAUUGCUCCCUGCGGAUGAAGAGACCUCUGUUGGAUCCCUGCUUCGAGGGUUAUAAGCUCUCCCUCGAGCCGCUGCCCUGUUACCAGCUGGAGCUUGAUGCAGCUGUGGCAGAAGUAAAACUUCGAGAUGAUCAGUAUACACUGGAACACAUGCAUGCUUUUGGAAUGUAUAAUUACCUACAUUGUGAUUCAUGGUAUCAAGACAGUGUCUACUACGUUGAUAACGUUGGAAGAAUUAUGAAUUUAACAGUGAUGCUUGGGCUUCCCUGGUGGCUGAUGCUGGACACUGCCUUAGGAAAACCACGAGAGGUGUUUCGACUUCCUACAGAUUUGACAGCAUAUGAUAAUCGCCUUUGCGCAUCCAUCCAUUUCACAUCUUCUACUUGGGUUACCUUGUCAGAUGGAACUGGAAGAUUGUAUCUCAUUGGAACAGGUGAACAUGGAAAUAGUGCUUCUGAAAAAUGGGAGAUUAUGUUUAAUGUAGAGCUUGGGCGUCCUUUUAUCAUAAUUCACAGUAUCUCAUUGCUGAAAGCUGAAGAACAUUCGAUAACUAUGCUGCUUCUUCGAACAGAGAAAGAGGAAUUGGAUAUGGAAGGAAGUGGUUUCUAUGUUUCCUUGGAGUGGGUCACUAUUAAUAAGAAAAAUAAAGAUAAUAAAAAAUAUGAAAUUACUAAGCAUAAUAUUCUCCGUGGAAAGUCAGUGCCCCAUUAUGUCGCUUUUGAGCCCGAUGGGAAUGGUCUAAUGAUUGUCUCCUACAAGUCCUUUACAUUUGUUCAAGUUGGUCAAGAUCUUGAAGAAAGUAAGGAUGAAGACAUGUCAGAGAAAAUCAAAGAACCUCUGUAUUACUGGCAACAGACUGAAGAUGAUUUGACAGUAACAAUACUGCUUCCAGAAGACUGUACUAAGGAAGACAUUCAAAUACAGUUUUUGCCUGAUCAUGUCAACGUUGUGCUGAAGGGUCAGAGGUUUCUGGAAGGAAAUCUCUAUUCAUCUAUGGAUCAUGAAAGCAGUGUAUGGAUAAUUAAAGAGAAAAAUAGCUUGGAGAUUUCCUUGAUUAAGAAGAAUGAAGGACUGACAUGGCCAGAACUAGUGGUCGGUGAUAAACGGGGAAUUUAUGAGACAGCUCAAUGUGCUGCAAUAGCUGAACGUUUGAUGCAUUUGACCUCUGAUGAACUGAAUCCAAAUCCAGAUAAAGAUAAACCUCCUUGUAAUGCUCAAGAGUUAUUAGAAGAAUGUGAUAUUUUCUUUGAAGAGAGCUCCAGUUUAUGCAGAUUUGAUGGCGGUACAUUAAAAACUACUCAUUGGGUGAAUCUUGGAAGCAACCAGUACCUUUUCUCUGUCAUAGUGGAUCCUAAAGAAAUGCCCUGCUUCUGUUUGCGCCAUGAUGUUGAUGCCCUACUCUGGCAACCACACUCCAGCAACCAAGACGACACGUGGGAGCAUAUCGCAAUUUUCAAUGCUUUAGGCUACGUCCAAGCAUCAAAGAGAGACAAAAAUUUUUUUGCCUGUGCUCCAAAUUAUUCUUAUGCAGCCCUUUGCGAGUGCCUUCAACGAGUUUUCAACUAUCGUCAGCCCACUCCCAUGUCCACUGUACUUUACAAUAGGAAGGAAAGCAGGCAAGUAGGGCAGGUUGCUAAGCAGCAAGUAGCAAGCCUAGAAACCAGUGAUCCUAUUUUAGGCUUUCAAGCAACAAAUGAGAGAUUAUUUGUUCUCACUACCAAAAACCUCUUUUUAGUAAAGGUAAAUACAGAGAAUUAA